AUGGAGUCGGCAGGUGCUGGAGAUGUGGACUUCAGAGCGGUGCUGAUUCCCGUGAUCUCCCGUGCGGACGCACACGAGCUCGCGAAAGUGCAGACCGCCUGCAGAAUGUGGCGGGAGGCCGAUGUGCUGGUGCAAGGCCGCUGGAUGCAGCUUCUGCUUAGAGACUUCCUCCAGGACUGGGGUGGUGCCUCGCGCUACCGAACCCUGGCACAGCCUCAGUGCCAGCGCUGCAAACGCCUUUUCUGGGCCCAGCGGCGGGGUGCCUUUCGCCGGUGUCCCUGCGUGGCAUGGCGGGAUGCGAGGCCAUCGCUGACGAUCGUGUCUUUGAACUUGGAGCGAUGUGCAGACGGCAGUUUUUGCGAGUGGUCCGGCUUCUCGGCCGCCAGAGCAGCCACUACGGCGCUCUUCCAGGUGCAGUUCCGAUCUGUACCCGAGCUCUCCGACGCGGCCUUGGAGACGGCAGACAUCGUCUUCCUGCACACGACCAGUGCAAAGAGGGCCUUAAGCGCUGCGGAGCAGGCGACGCUUUCGAGAUUCUGCUCGCGGGGUGGCACGGCUGUGCUGAACUGCUUCAGCGCUUGGACCGUCAACGGCGGAUGGGGGAAGGAGUUGGUGAAGUUUCUGGGCAUUUUCCCAGAGCCAUCAGCGAAGUUUGGCGCGGGCUAUGCCACCAAGCUUUCGACCGCCAAAGGACUGGAAGACCUGUGCCUUGCGGGACCUUGGGGUGCACCGCACGCCUACCAGUCCUGGAGCUCCAUCUUGAGAGCGAUGCGGAGCGAAGCGGUGCUUUCGAACGACGAAGCGCGGUGCUUCAUCAACCUGGGUGAAACCAACUUCAACGCCUGGUUGCCCCUGGAGUCCGGGGAUGCCAUUCCGGUCUGCACCAGCGGCCUCCAGGAAAGCCCCCUGAGCCGAAAGACACCCCUCUGGUUUCCGAAGGUCAACGGCGCGGGCCAGGCCUUCCUGUGCUCGAACCUCCACUGGCUGGCAGAUCCUCAAGCUUGGCAUGGAGGGCUGAUCCGCUCUGAGGGCAAUGUCAUUCUCUGGCUUAACAUCUGUGCAUCUGCGUGCCGAGCUCUCUGA